CUAUUCCUGAUGACAUGCCGGAAUAUUAUCAAAAGCUAAUGAUUUAUUGUUGGGCUUCGGAUCCAUCGAAACGGCCAACUGCGAAUGAAAUUUUUAAUACAAUUAGAGAAUGGGAUUAUCCCACAGUUCAAAACAAAGUCGAAGAAAUAGAUCAAUUUCCAAAAUUAUUGACUCAUACAUUACACGGCAAUUAG